AUGUCCGUGUUGGCUAACCAAUAUCCAGAUGCGCCACCUAAGAUCAGACUGUUUGACCCUGCUUCAUCAUCGUCAACGCCGACUCCCCCACCAGCAGCGUUGCCGACGACAGCACUGGCAGCGCCUCGGGCAGAACUAGAGCCUGACCUAGCACCACCCAACGAUCCUCAAUUUCAAUCCUACCUGAACUCGUACCCUCAUCCUCAAGAACUCGCCCUUGUUCCCAGAUUCGGCACAGAAGAAGAAUAUCGUUGCUUUCAAUUCUUCCUUGAAAAGACGUCUAAUCUGAUAUCUGUAUACUCAAAACCCUAUCUGUGGACUGUGCUCCUGCCUCAAGCAACCUGGCACCAACCUUCUAUCAAGCACUCCAUCAUCGCGCUCGCUUCAUUGCACGAAUCUCUCACCACAUUCGGCUCACAAUCUCAGAGAGCAAACCACAACUUCAUGUUCCACUAUAACGCCGCCAUCUGCGCCCUGGUGGUCGACAAGCCACCUAUCGACAUCGUCCUGGCGGCGUGCGUCAUCUUCUGGGCACUCGAGAACUUUAGUGGGAGCGGCCAAUCCACCGUUGACCACAUGAAAGCUGCGAUCAAGAUCCUGGGGGAGUGGAAGAGCAAACCCCGCUCAAAAGACCCUGCCAACGACCUCAUCUCAAAGUACAUUGAGCCCACCAUCCGCGACGCCGUCAAGUUCGCUUCGAAAUGCCGCGUCGAAGAACUGACGGAUCAGAUGAGCGCACUGUGUCUCACCAUCCGCGAUGUUCGGAUCAUGAACUUCAAGCAUCCUGCUUUCGACGAUUUAGGUGACGCAGAGGAAUACCUGGGUAGUUGUAUCAACGAUAUCCUCGUCCUGAAGAGCCAGGUUCAGGCACAAGUUGCCCUUCACAGCACACGUACCGUCCUGAUCAGAGAGUUGGAACAGCUCGACGAGCUCGACGCCCGCCUCUACAGAUGGAUGCAUCUGUUUCAAAACCUCACGACCACGGGCCCCGUCUACAUGCGCCGCAUGUUGAUCGUCCACAAUGUCGCGGCUCAUAUCCUCCUCGACCAGCUACAGAGACAGGCACAAUACAACACGACCGAAUCGGAGAAAGAGCAAGAGCGCGAUCGCGACUCCUCACCUGAAUGCACCGGCCCGGAACACUGCCGCCACAAUUUCAUAGUCGUGGAGGUGGAGGACGUGCUGCGCCACGACCCGCUGACCACCACGGAACCAUGUCGCAAGGACCCUCCGUCCCUCGGAUUCAUCGCCCCGAUCUUCCUCGUUGCAAUGUCGGGGGAAAACGUGGAAACCCGCCGUCAAGCCAUCAACGCACUCAGAUGGCUCAACGUGGACGAGGGCUCGUGGAGCACAGAGUACGCCGCGCGCAUCGCAGAAGCGACCCUUGAAAUGGCGGACGAGUGUGAUCUGGCCCCAGGCAACGUCGACAUCCAGCAUCUGACCUUCGAUCUGGACGAGGAUGACCAAACGCUCACAAUGAAGUGGCAGCCAGAAGCAGAAGACACAGCCACGAUAUCAACGCAACGCAUAGAUGCAUCGGAUUUGCCCUGGGCUGGACGGUACGUGUGA